AUGAAGUUCACAAAGAAUGACAAAGUGAGGGUGAGGGUUAGAUGCAAGGAUGGGUGUCAAUGGGAAGCUUAUUGUUCCAAAUUUCCAAAUGAAGAAACAUGGCAAUUAAGGAAGCUGGUUGACAAGCAUGAGUGCAGUAGAGACUACAAUGUGAAAAUGAUGACCACUAAAUGGCUAAGAAAGAGAAUUCAAAAUUCUCUGAAAAACAACCCAAGGAUGAAGAUUAAGGACAUAAAGGUAAAGGCUCAAAGGAAGUGGAAUAUGGGUGUUAAUAAGACCAAGGCUAUAAGGGUGGUAUUUAGAGCUAGAGACAUGGUUGAUGGAUCUUUCUUAGGGGAUUAUACAAGGAUAUAUCCUUAUUGUCAUGAGAUUUUAAGAGCUAACCUAUGGUCCACUGUGAAGCUUAAUGUUGAUCCAGUUCCAGAAGGUAAUGAUGACCAAAGACCAUAUUUUAGAAGAUUGUAUGUUUGCUUUGCAGCAUGUAAGGAAAGCUUCAAGUUAUCUAUACAUAUCAUAGGUCUAGAUGGUUGUUUUUUAAAAGGGCUAUGUGGUGUGAAGAUUCUGGUUGCAAUAGAUAGGAAUCCAAAUGAUCAGAUGCUCCCAAUUGCCUUUGCACUUGUAGAAGGAGAGAAUAUAGAUAAUUGGACAUGGUUUUUGCAACUGUUGAUUGAUGACCUAGGAGGGGUCUACUACCAUCCAUGGAUGAACUGUUGCCAGGUAACUAACAAAUGUGUUACCCUACUCAACAACAUGUCUGAGGCAUUCAAUCGUGUGAUCCUUGAGUCAAAGUCUAAGCCUUUAGUAACAAUGCUGGAAGAGAUCAAGACUUAUUUUAUGGAGAGGAUAUCUGAUGGACAUAUUUUUGAAGUUAAGCAUAGUAGGAACUUUAUAUUCGAAGAUUACAUUCCUCAAUACUAUAAAAAGAGUAGGUAUGUUGCAGUCUACAAACCGGUUAUAUAUCCUGUGAAUGGUUCAAAUUUAUGGGAAAGGGUACAAUAUCUAGAUGUGCAUCCUCCAAAGUACAGAAAGAUGCUUGGUAGACCAAUGAAGAAGAGGAAUAUUUCACAAGGAGAGAUUGAUGGGACCGAUAGAAAAAUUAGGAGGAUAGGGAUGAUUCUGAAGUGCAGUAGAUGCAAGAAGUCAGGGCAUAACAAAGCCAUAUGUGAGGUGACAGGGCCUGCACAACCUACUCAACAAUUUUCACAACAACCUUCUCAAGCUACUUCACACCAAACUGCUCAACAUGCUGCACAACCUACUCAACAAUCUUCACAACAACCUACUCAAGCUACUUCACAUCAAAUUGAUCAACAUGUUGCAUAA